ACUCAAUUAUUUUUAUAUCUUUCAAGGUUAUAAAUCUGUUUGACUUCCAACUCGAACAGACUGAUAACCUUGAAAGAAAUCAUUGAUAAAUACGAUGUCCACAGCGUACACAUAUAUUUACAGGAAUUUGCUUCAUCACCCGUGAGUUACGGCAGCUAUCAGCACCGGCACGAUGACUUCAGCAAAGGUCGAGUUUUCUGUGCAAAUGACAUGCGAGAAAUGUGUUCAAGCAGUGAGAAAUAGCUUGUCCAAUGUUGAGGGAAUUCAAAACGUUCAGAUAUCCCUUGAAGAUGGAACUGUUGUUGUAGACAGCACCGUUCCCUAUUCCGUGGUUCAAGAAAAAAUUGAAAACUCAGGCAGACGAGCUGUUCUUAAAGGAUAUGGGGGUACAGGAGCAAGUGCAGUAGCAAUGCUCGGUGGGGACUCAGGAUACAGUGCAGGUGAUCAAAUAAGAGGAGUAAUUAGAUUUGUGCAAGCAGGUGAAGACUGUAUUAUAGAUGGUACCAUAGAUGGCUUGAAUCCAGGGCCACACGGUGUUCAUGUUCAUGAAUGUGGAGAUAUCUCAAAGGGAUGUGAGAGCGUCGGCGAACAUUUUAAUCCACAUAAUACACCACACGGUGGACCUGGCGAUGAUCUAACGCAGAGGCAUUAUGGAGACUUGGGAAAUAUUAUGGCUGAUGAAAGUGGUAGAGCCACAUUUCGAAUAGUUGAUAAUGUGCUUAAAGUCUGGGAUGUCAUCGGGCGCUCACUGGUUGUCACCGACGGUCCCGACGAUUUAGGAAAAGGUGAAAGUCCUCAAUCAAAAGUUGAUGGCAACAGUGGAAACAGAUUGACAUGUGGCAUAAUAGCCCGAGCUUCCGGUUUAUUCCAAAAUACAAAAAAGAUAUGUGCAUGUGAUGGUAUAACUCUUUGGGACGAAAGAGAUCGAUCUGUCACAGGAUGGAACCAUUCAAAGAAUGGUGUAGCUACUAGUAAAACAGUAUGCCUAAUAUUUUGAUAUCUUAAAAUUUUGUAUAACUAACAUUAUGAUACAAAUAUGAUGAUUUCAUAAGAUAAACCAUAUUAAUUGUCAAAUUUUUAAUUCUACGUCGACUGAAUGUAAUUUCCUUUUAUCCUUUGCUCAAAUUUACGUUUUAUACUUACACAAUUUAUUUCUUUUCUUAUUCGAUUCUUUUCAAUUAAAGAGAAACUUUUUGAUUGAUGAAUCAAAAAUAGAUCUGAAACGUUUUGUAAAUUAGCUAUUAAUUUCAGUAGCAUUCAAUAUUCAACUCUUUAUUUUUUUUUUCAGUGAGCUGAAACAUUAUAGCCUUGUCGUACCAAGGACUCUGGGAUAUUUCUUACUUUGUCCCAUCACACAAUGUAUUUACCUAUACAGGUGCAGGAUAUACAUUAAAUUUUUACAUUUCAAGUAACUUAUUGAAUGAGGGAACAAGUUUUCGUCUGUAUCGUUCUUUUAGAUGCAGGCAUAGAUUUUGUAAAUGGUUAAGGAAAUCGUGAUUGUAGUCUUUAUAUUGCUAUUCAAAUUGGAUUUUUUUUUGUAAAUAUAAGAAAUCCUUCACUAUUCAUUACCAUAUUUUAGAUCUGAAAUCACUUGAACACCCGAACAUUGAAUAUGUUAUUCGGAGCAAACGUCUGUAAAACAUCAAUGAUGUGGAAUAUAGUUAUGUUAAUUAAAAAUAGUUAAAUGCUUUUUUGCUUAACAAUUGUGAUUUUAUUAAGUUUUUUUGUUACAAAAUUCAUAUAAAGCAACGUACAAUCAAUCUGUAAAUAAGCUCGAAGUGUAUUGAAUACUUAAUUAGCAAUAUUAUGAAUAAAAUAAUAUAAUUUGUCUUUCAAUUUGAUACAUUUAUGGAACAAAAUAGACUUGUGCUCUUAGAAAACGUUACACAAAUCUUGGAAUACAAUGAUCGAGGCAAAUCAACAGUACUGUGAAAUGUCAGGGAUGAAAUUACUACACAUGCGUCGUAAGUGUAAAACAAAUAUUUUCAAAACCAUCGAGUAUAUCGUAUGUACAAUUUUGAAAAACCUAUUUUUUUCACCAAAUUAUACAAGGUGCGUGUUAUUGUGAUGCUGAUAAUUUGACUAUUUAACAUUUAUUCCAACUCCCCACGAAAGCACGGUAUUGAACAGUCAACAUGCAUUCUCAAAAUUGAAUUUUAUGCAUUGAAUGUUCAAGAAGUUAAUAAAUGUAAAAGUCUUAGUUAAACAGAGGAUAUAUUAGACAAAUUGUAUCUAUUGCUAUCUUGCAGUCUUCGAACAUAACUUACGUAUUUAUCUGAACAAAA